GUGGAGUGGUUGAAGAAUGAGGAGCCGGUGGGCUCGGACGGGAACAUCGACACGCGAGCGGACCACAACCUGAUCAUCCAGGAGGCGCGUCUGUCCAACUCGGGGAACUACACGUGUCUGGCUAGCAACAUUGUGGCCAAGAGACGCAGCCUGACUGCCACUGUGGUCGUAUUUGGUAAGACAACUGGGUUGGAAUCAUUAGGUCACAUUGUAGCAAAACAUUUCAAAACAUUGUGCAACGGUAAACAUAAUUAAGUGUUUCUUAUUGGACAACUUCAGGUAGUCCGUCCCUGUUUCAUUCCGUUUUCUUCCAUUUCGUGCCUAAUGAAUACUACCCUUCUCUAUGGAGCAGACCAUAUGGAGCAGACCAUCAAUUACUUUGAGCGUUUCAUUGAGUCUGCCUUGAGGGACAGAUAGGUAAAAUUUUUACUCUUCUAAUUAGGUCCAUUACGCAAAGACAAGCUCAAUCAAGCACAACUUGAUUUUGGGGCGUGUAAUUAUUUCACUAAGUCAAACACCUUACAACAAUCAAACCAUACAGAGUUGUCCUGUUUUGACACACAAUUCAUGGAUAUUACAGUGAGGGAAAAAAGUAUUUGAUCCCCUGCUGAUUUUGUACUUUUGCCCACUGACAAAGACAUGAUCAGUCUAUAAUUUUAAUGUUAGGUUUAUUUGAACAGUGAGAGACAGAAUAACAACAAAGAAAUCCAGAAAAAAGCAUGUAAAAAAUGUUAUAAAUUGAUUUGCAUUUUAAUGAGGGAAAUAAGUAUUUGACCCCUCUGCAAAACAUGACUUAGUACUUGGUGGCAAAACCCUUGUUGGCAAUCACAGAGGUCAGACAUUUCUUGUAGGUGGCCGCCAGCUUUGCACACAUCUCAGGAGGGAUUUUGUCCCACUCCUCUUUGCAGAUCUUCUCCAAGUCAUUAAGGUUUCGAGGCUGACGUUUGGCAACUCGAACCUUCAGCUCCCUCCACAGAUUUUCUAUGGGAUUAAGGUCUGGAGACUGGCUAGGCCACUCCAGGACCUUAAUGUGCUUCUUCUUGAGCCACUCCUUUGUUGCCUUGGCCGUGUGUUUUGGGUCAUUGUCAUGCUGGAAUACCCAUCCACGACCCAUUUUUAAUGCCCUGGCUGAGGGAAGGAGGUUCUCACCCAAGAUUUGACGGUACAUGGCCCCGUCCAUCGUCCCUUUGAUGCGGUGAAGUUGUCCUGUCCCCUUAGCAGAAAAACACCCCCAAAGCAUAAUGUUUCCACCUCCAUGUUUGACAGUGGGGAUGGUGUUCUUGGGGUCAUAGGCAGCAUUCCUCCUCCUCCAAACACGGCGAAUUGAGUUGAUGCCAAAGAGCUCGAUUUUGGUCUCAUCUGACCACAACACUUUCACCCAGUUCUCCUCUGAAUCAUUCAGAUGUUCAUUGGCAAACUUCAGACGGCCCUGUAUAUGUGCUUUCUUGAGCAGGGGGACCUUGCGGGCACUGCAGGAUUUCAGUCCUUCACGGCGUAGUGUGUUACCAAUUGUUUUCUUGGUGACUAUGGUCCCAGCUGCCUUGAGAUCAUUGACAAGAUCCUCCCGCGUAGUUCUGGGCUGAUUCCUCACCGUUCUCAUGAUCAUUGCAACUCCACGAGGUGAGAUCUUGCAUGGAGCCCCAGGCCGAGGGAGAUUGACAGUCUUUUGUGUUUCUUCCAUUUGCGAAUAAUCGCACCAACUGUUGUCACCUUCUCACCAAGCUGCUUGGCGAUGGUCUUGUAGCCCAUUCCAGCCUUGUGUAGGUCUACAAUCUUGUCCCUGACAUCAUUGGAGAGCUCUUUGGUCUUGGCCAUGGUGGAGAGUUUGUAAUCUGAUUGAUUGAUUGCUUCUGUGGACAGGUGUCUUUUAUACAGGUAACAAGCUGAGAUUAGGAGCACUCCCUUUAAGAGUGUGCUCCUAAUCUCAGCUCGUUACCUGUAUAAAAGACACCUGGGAGCCAGAAAUCUUUCUGAUUGAGAGGGAGUCAAAUACUUAUUUCCCUCAUUAAAGUGUAAAUCAAUUUAUAACAUUUUUGACAUGCGUUUUUCUGGAUUUUUUUGUUGUUAUUAUGUCUCUCACUGUUCAAAUAAACCUACCAUUAAAAUUAUAGACUGAUCUUUUCUUUGUCUGUGGGCAAACUGUGUGGAAAUGUUCCUUACAAACAACAUCCCUUGUAUUCUUUCUCUGAAUUUACACUCAGCCGUUAUAUUUUUCUGUCAUUGGUCAUAGGCUGUCACAUCUUUGUGGCAAUUUUUUCUUCUUUUAUUUUAUUGUACCUGCAUAGUUCCGCAUGCAUUAUCACAUUGUUAGCACUUAAUUUGCUAUGCUCAUCUCCUUUCUCUUGACAUGUAUACACAUGUACUGUAUCUGCCUCUUGUCAAUGCAUUUACUCAGUCUCUCAUAGGCAACAUUAGGUGUUAAGAGCAGUCAGAAACAGUCAGAAACAUGUCUGUCUGACAUGUCUGACAUGUUCCAUGCUGUGACAGGCAAGUAAUGAGCAACUUCCUAGUUGUGUUUAAACACAGCAAGACUUUUAAAGACACGGGAAGGCUUUGACAUGAGCUGUCAAAACUCCUCAGCUGCGUGCCUACUGCUACUAGCUGUCUGUUACCACUGGCUGUUUGUGCCAGGCUAGGAUUCCCUGUUGCUUGUGCUUUCACAGCCCUGUAGGCCUCCGGAACGAAGGAAGGAAGAAAUUAAUAUUUCUCUUUUUUUCUCUUCACUUUAUUUAUUCCAUCUUUCAAAACCCGCUUUGCUAGUUAAAAACCUCCCCCUCUGUGUCAACAACACCAAAUCUCCACACUGACUGACAACCAUUAAGACAACUGGAAAUCCAGCUACUGUUUUUCUAUAUUUACAGAACCUGUUGAGGCCCAUCAGUCGUCUGUGUAGCUACCUGACUACCUGUCAUGCUAAUGAGGUGCCUGGCAGGCCCUGCUGGGAGAAAUAGCCUACAGACAGACAGAUGUAGUGGAGUAAUGUGUUCUCACACUGACAUUUGUUUCCUGUCUGACGAUGAAUGAUGAUGAAUGAACUCAUCAUCAGUCAAUCACUCAGCUGCUAUUGAGGCCAGCACAUCUGAGAGAGAGAGAGACAGAGACAGAGAAAGAGAAAGAGACAGAGACAGACAGACAGACAGACAGACAGACAGACAGACAGACAGACAGACAGACAGACAGACAGACAGACAGACAGACAGACAGACAGACAGAGUGGAGUGUUCACCUCUCUGACAUGCCUUUGGUUCCUUGGCCUUUCAUGUUUAGCCCAGAUGGAGUUCCUGUAAUUUAGGCAGUCAGCCUGUCUCUGUCAGACAGAACAUGUGCUAUAAGAGAGAGUGUGUGUGUGUGUUUGUGUGCGUGCGUGCAUGUGUGUCUGUGUGUGUGUGUGUGUUAGGGAGAAAGUAAGUCAGCGUUCAUACUUCUGGAAGUGAUUUUCUCUUCCCUCCACAUAGCUGUCAUGUUACAUUCCUUUAUCCUUCUUUCCCUUUCUUUUCCUCAACCUCUUUUUGUCUCUUACCUUCUAUCCUUCAUCCUCUCCCGCUCUCAUCUCCAUCACUUCUACUCCAUCUCUCCCUCUACUUCCUCCCUCUUUCUCUUACUUUCUCUGUCUCUCAAGUGAACGGAGGGUGGUCGUUGUGGACAGACUGGUCCGCCUGUAACGUGCCCUGUGGGCGGGGUGUCCAGAAACGCUCCCGUACUUGCACCAACCCCGCCCCUCUCAAUGGGGGCGCCUUCUGCGAGGGCAUGUCUGUCCAGAAGAGUACCUGUAAUGCCCUCUGCCCAGGUAUGUUUGUCUAUCUGGCUGUCUAGCAGGCUUCUUGUCUGUCUGAGCUAUCUGUCUGUCUGUCUUUCCAUCCGUUCAUCCAUCCAUCCGUUUGUCCAUCUGUCUGUCUGUCUUCAUGAUUCUCAUUCUAUCCAACUGUCUGACUGUCUGGGAGGGGGGAUUGUUUUGUUGUGGGGAUGCAUUAUGUGCCAGAGCAUCUGUAUUUAUGACAGUGCUCCUCUCCAAGGCAGAGGAAGGCUCCGCCUCUGCUGUUAGGGUAAUUUCCCUCCAAACCGCUUUCAUAAACCCAUCGUCUGACCCCAUUUUACUGACUGACAGUGGGUUGGUGUCUGAAAUGUAAUGCAGUGCCCCUCCAAGAAAGAGACGGAGAGAUAGAGAGAAGAGGUUAGAGAGCAGGGAUUAAAGAGAGGGAGAGAGAGAAGAGAGUCAGAGAGAGAGCGAGAGGAAGAGAGGGGAGAUUGGAAGAGUGCGAACAUAGAAAAAUAAUAAGUAUAAGACAAAAUUGAGACAGAGAAAUAGAAAAGCAACUGAAGUGCAGGAGAGUUAACAACAGAAUGAUUGAGAAUAGCCCUUACAAUGAGCGAGAAGGCGAGAGAAAGACAGAAAGAGAGAGAGAGGGAUCAGUGCCAGUUAUCAGAGCGGCUGUAUAAUCUGCACAGUCCAAGUGUUCCUCUACACGUGGCCCAGUUUAUGGUUUCAGAUCGCCACACCAAUCACCAUGGAAAUGCUCGUCAUGUUGGGGAAAAAGUUAUCUGGCGAGGGCAGCACUCUCCCGCUAACACAAUCUCCAUUUGGCUCAACCACUCUUCUCUCUCCUUCUCCCUCUCUUUCUGCCUCUCUCUCUUUCUCUCUCUUGUUCUCUCUCUCCCUAUUUCUCUCACUCCCUCUCUCUUCCACAAGACGUUCUCUCUCUCUCUCUCGCGCUCUCUCUCUCUCUCUUUCUCUCCCUCUCUCUCUCUCUGUGAGUCUCAGCCCGUGCGCAAACACAGCAUUUGCAUUUAGAUUAGCAAGGCAGAGGGAAACCUUGAAGCCUACGGAGUUGUUAAGGUAAUAGAGGAGACUUGAUGGAACAAGACAAAAAGCAAACUGUCUUUCCUGGCUUGAGUCAGCACCAGGAUAGAACCUAACAUGGUAUUGUUCUAAUGUGGCCCCUGGAGAGAAAGAAGAGGUUUUUUUGUGUGGUGGGCUAUAGUCCAUUGUAAGUGCUCUAUCAGUAAGGUCCAUAAACCAAUUGUGUAGAGUAAUUCUGGAGUAAUGGUGGGGCAGUUAUGUUCCACCCAGCUGUUUGCUGACUCUGGGAAUCUAUGAUAUGAGUGUGUGUGUGUGUUUGUGUGUGUGUGUGCCUGCAUCCUCAUUUGUGUGCUUGUGUGGUUACUGUACAUAUAUGCCUGUGUGUUUUCUAAGCCUUGCAACACUUCCUUCCUCCCUCUCAGUGGAUGGUGGCUGGGCAGAGUGGACAGAGUGGACGGUGUGCAGUAGUGAGUGUGAGAGGCAGCGCAGCAGAGAGUGUACGGCCCCAGAGCCCAAACAUGGAGGCAGGCUAUGUGACGGGACCGCUCUGGGAACAGACAACUGCACCGGGGGUCUCUGCACUCACAGUGAGUAUUGUCACACACAGAUUCAUCUGGUGUUGCAACUCUGGUGGUGGAGAUUGUCGUCAUUCAAAUCUUCAUUACAAUCAUCAUCAUCAUUGUGAUCAUCAUCAUCAUCAUCAUUAUCAUCAUCAUCAUCAUCAUCAAUACCACACUUAUUUUGUUGAGAGUUUAAAACAUCACCAAAGACAAAGUAGUCUUCUGUUGGCUGGCAUGUUUCCAGUUGCAACACCAGCAAUACUGUGGAUAAAUCCAUCCUAAGUUCCUUAGUGCUGCAAUAAGCAGUGAAUGACAUAAUGGAUCUGCCACAUGCUUGGACAGCAUGGCAUGGAAGUCCAUACAGUACUUAUUUUGUCAUUCUUCUGAUGGCCAUAUUGUCAUUUCAUCUCUCCGUUCUCGUCCUCCUUGAGGUAGACGCAAGAAGACAAUCAGCCUUAUCAUGUUCCUUACAUCAAUCUCCACACACACACUCAUACAAAUACACUCAUAUACACACACACAUGCACACACGCACACUCAUGCUCCAUACAAUCCCUGGGUGAUAGAAAGUCCUAUCACUGAACCAAUCUCACUACUGUGAGACACACACAUCAUGAUCAUGAUCUCACACACACAUUUGGGCAUGUACACUCAUGUGCACAUACACACUCACACACACACACACACACCAUACACUCUCUGGGUGAUAAAGAGUCCUAUCACUGGGCCAAUCUUACUACCGCGACACACAUACACACACACAUACAUUUUGUACAUGCACACACAUAAGUGUGCUCAUUGGAAAACAACUGCAGGUUACAGCCGGUAGUAUUCCAUUCAAGUAGAAGUGAAUUGACAUGGUGUCUCUGUGUCUUUGCAGAUCUGCUACACGACGCCAAGCCACAGGGUGAGUUCUCCCCAAUCACCAUCUUACUUUAGAACACACCAUGUAACACACUGAAACCACUAUAGCUUCUCCUCUACUAAAACAACCAUUAUAGGUUGUCACGCCACCACUCACAGAUACAACCCUCCAAAACACUAACAUCAUGAUCCAGAACCAUUAUCAAAUUCACCAAUAUUUAACAUUAUCCCACCACCAACAUCAUUAUCAUUAUUAACCACAAACACCAUUUAUGUAAUUUUCUUAAUUUAAAAGUCUGGUCUCUUCCAGUAAUGUACUCAUCGUGAGAAUACCAGAAAACGUAUUCUCACGAUGAACACCAUCAAAAUCAUAUCUUAAAGGGAUAGUUCAAGAUUUUGACAAGUAAUGCCUUUUUUCUACUUACUAAGAGUCAGAUGAACUCAUGGAUUCAAUUUCUAGGUUUCUGCGUGCAGUUUGAAGGAAGUUGAAGGUAGAUUCUGCAGUAAUUGCUUACUAGCAUUAGCGCAAUGACUGGAAGUCUAUGGGAUCAGCUACUGUUAGCGCAAUCAGCUAGCUGUUCCCAUAGACUACCAGUCAUGCCAGUUACUUCAGGGACGCCACAACUGUCACAUUCAGAUUGUUUUAGUCUUUUUCGUCGUCGUGGGAAGGAGGGGAAAAGACGCAGCCAGUCAGCCUGUCUGCCAAAACUUAGCGAGCCCCCAAUUAACCUGCCACUGUUAGCUGCUAAUGUCUCUUUUCCAUAUUUUGGCGAAUUAUCCUUUUCUUGGAGCUUCAGGCUACUUAGCGAUUUUCUCAGUCCCAUUCCUGUGCAGAUCUCAUUAUCUUUGGAGAACAAGCUAAGCCAGCAGUCCUUUUCUUUACACACACACACACACACACACACCUUGUGGCAUACUGGUGAGACCAGAUAGAGCGUAAUCAUUGCAGAUGAGCUAAUUUAAUGAAUUGGUCUUGUCACACUAUCCCAAUAGAACGCAGAGGACCUCCUGAGUGAUGCCAGAGCCAAACAGCCCUUUGAGAUGACAGUCAGUUGCUGGGGUUGAUUAUAAUCCUAGUUAGAUGUGGUGUGUGUGUGUGUGUGCCUGCAUGUGUGUGUGUCUGACACACCAGUCAGGUGCUGGAGUGAUUAGGACGGCGGUCCUAGCAAGCUUACUCAUUAGUGCGUUAACAGGCUGCAGUGGGAGGAAGUGUUGCACCACAGCGGUGUGAGGAGACAGGAAAUGGAAAACAAUAAAGCCACGGAAGGAAGCAGGUUGAAAAAAUCCUGCUACUAACAUUUCAGGAGAAUCUUAGAAGUUUUCAGGAGAAGCACAAUUUAUUCCCCAAAAAAUAUUCUUCCUUGAGAGAUGUUACUAAUGUGCCUCUCCCAAAGCGUUUAAAAAUUGUUUUAAUUAAAAAGAGGUGCAAACUUUGUACAGCGGUGAAAGUUGUGUAAGUCUGGCCAGUAUAGCAAUAACUGUAGAUAUCAUGAGGCAUGUAGCACUAUCAUAACAUGUAAAUACAUGUAGAUAUCAUGAGGCAUGUAGCACUAUCAUAACAUGUCAAUAACUGCUGAAUUCAAUAUGAAUAUACAGUAGCUUUGAGUUGAAACCUUGUCUCUUUUUCUGAUGGUUAUUCUAUGAUUAAACUAUCUCUCACUCACUCCCUCUCUCUCUAUCUCUCUCUCCCCCUUUCUCUCCCCUUUUCUCUCCCCCUCCCCCUCUCUCUCUCUCACUCUCUCUCUCUCUCUCUCUCUCUCUCUCUCUCUCAUCUCUCUCCUCUCUCUCCUCUCUCUCUCUCUCUCUCUCUCUCUCCUCUCUCCUCUCUCUCUCUCCUCUCUCUCUCCUCUCCCUCUUCCUCUCUCUCUCUCUCUCUCUCUCUCUCUCUCUCUCUCCCCCCCAGGUCUGGAGGGAAGCAGUGACGUGGCGCUGUAUUCGGGCCUGGCGGCGGGUGUGGUGACGGUAGUGGUGUUAAUUGUGGCGGUGACCCUCUACCGGAGGAACCGGAGCGAGUACGGCGUGGACGUCAUCGACUCCUCCACCCUCACCGGGGGAUUCCAGUCCUUCAGCUUCAAGACCGCUCACCAAGGUGAGCUCAGAGAACACACAGACAGAAAGACAGACAGACACACAUACACACAGACAGACAGACACACACACACACAGCUGAACACAUAUGCAUGUAAACUUUCGAUAAAAUGAGCCAAGAAGGGGAACACACACAGCUGAACACACACACACACACACACACACAGCUGAACACACACACACACACACACACACACACACACAAGAACGCUUGCCAAGCUGAAGCAGAAUGAAACACACACUUACACACAUACAAUGCUGAAGACGCACACAUUGCUGUGGUCCAACGGAAGCUCGAUUUGUGUGACUGACAUUCCUUGGUGGUUACUUUGCGCUCCAUUCAAUCGAUGUGUGUUUAAUUUCUUUAUUCUUCAUUUAGUUUGACUGUAAGAAGUCCUUGUGUCCAACAGCAAGGUCGUGUUUGGUUUGCUCAGUGACUCGGUAGGGUGGAGGCAGUACAGUGUAAAUGAUCUCUCGCUCUCUCUCAUCCUGUCUUGAGUGGAGAGGGGCAGAGACCAGACACAGCUCUCAUUUCUCAUGGUCUCGCUCCCUCUUCCAGACAGAAUCUCAUUCACACACACCUCCCCCCCACACUGUUCAGCACCCCCACCCCUUCUCUACCUAAAAGAGAGGGAUGAGAGCACCAUCGGAGGAGUGAAUGUACCAUCACGACCCUGCUCCUAUGGCUAUGACUCAUAUACUCAGUAAUAGUAAUGACCUUUGUUGAAAAGAGCAUCUGCAAAGUUGAGUCACCCACAGAGAUAUAUCUAUCUGUUCUAUAACUACAGCUGUAUGAUCUUCAUUUGGUCACCCUGUUUCCGGAGAACUGUCCUGCAAUGCAGGAAAUGUAAAACGUGCAGUGUAUUUGAAGUUUAGAAAGGCUUCUGAAGUUUGUAAUUUCCAAUUUCAGAUGUGAUUUUCCCUUACGGAAAAUGUAUCAACCCCUACAAAAAUUUCCAUCAAUUAUAAUCAACAUAAUAAUUCAAAUGUCCUGUUGCUGCAGGAUUAAGAUCCUACAUCUGUAUGGAGUCACCAAUAAUGAACAAUCUAUCCCCUUGCUCCUGUAACUCCAAUACGGUCAGACACAGUCAUAGUAAUAAUGGCCAAUGUUGAAGAGAGCAUCUGCAGUGUUGAGUCAAACCCAUAAUGGACAAUCUAGCCUCCUUGCUCCUAUUACUCCAAUAUGAUCGGAGUCAAACACAGUCAUAGUAAUAAUGGCCUGUGUUGAACAGAGCAUCUGCACUGUUGCGUCACUGGAAAAAUGGAGAGAGAAAAAGGGUGAUGUGUCGACCCAAAGAUUGAGCCCUAUUUCCAUGGUUGUGACACGGCUGGUCUCCUUGGCGACAGCCUCUUCAGAGACGAGUGAUAGAAUUGAUCACACAGCAGGAAGAAGAAAGCUGUGAUUUUAUUGGGGCCUCUGUCCUCCCAGAGAAUUGGGGUAAUAUACACACAGGGUUAUACACAGCCCUCUCAUAUUGUAGCCUACACACCAAGAGAGGAGUCUACUGAGUUAGGUAAAUCAGCUUUUAGUUUGCACCUUAUUUGUGGAACAAUCUUCAAAAUGUUCUUACAUUUGAUGUUUUGGUGCCUCUAGGGCAAUUCAGAAAGCUGAUUGAGGACCUUUUUAAUGAUGAAUGUGUUAGUUUUUUAUGACGGUGUUUUUCUUUCUGCUUGCAUUUAUAUUUUGAUGUGUGUAUUUGAUGUAUGGUCCUCUGUAGCUCAAUUGGUAGAGCAUGGCGCUUGUAACGCCAGGGUAGUGGGUUCGAUCCCCGGGACCACCCAUACGUAAAAAUGUAUGCGCACAUGACUGUAAGUCGCUUUGGAUAAAAGCGUCUGCUAAAUGGCAUAUUAUUAUUAUUAUUUUCUGUAAUUUAUGUAAUUCAAGGCUCAUCUGUAAAAUAGACAUUUGUCUCAGUAUGACAGUAUGACUCAGUAUGACCUCAGUAUGGUUAAAUAAAUAUAAAAAAUAGUGCACUACUUUUGGCCAGAACCCUACAGGACAUUAUAUAUAGCCAACAUAGGGCUCAAGCCAAGUAGUGAGCUAUAGUGAAUGGAGUGCCAUAGGAGAUGCAAACACACUCCAUGGAGCUGAGAAGAGAUACAGUCUAAAUGGAGAUAACUGCCUGUUAACUGCCUGUUAGCUUGGUCCUGUGAUCUGCUAGCUUAAGCUUGGAUGAGCAUAUGAAAGUCUAGGGUCCCACCAAGUCUCAGUUUUCCCAUCUGCUCAACCGUUUACCCAGCUUUGGUACACCAUUUACUGUCUUCUUAGUAGCUACAAAGCUUGAAGUUGUAAAGAUUAAGAAUCUUUCCCAAGUAUAACACACACACAUACACACACAGACACAGACACCACACACACACACACACACACACACACACACAAACACACUUACACACACACACACACACACACAUACAGUGGGGGGAAAAAGUAUUUAGUCAGCCACCAAUUGUGCAAGUUCUCCCACUUAAAAAGAUGAGAGAGGCCUGUAAUUUUCAUCAUAGGUACACGUCAACUAUGACAGACAAAUUGAGGGAAAAAAAUCCAGAAAAUCACAUUUUAGGAUUUUUAAUGAAUUUAUUUGCAAAUUAUGGUGGAAAAUAAGUAUUUGGUCACCUACAAACAAGCAAGAUUUCUGGCUCUCACAGACCUGUAACUUCUUCUUUAAGAGGCUCCUCUGUCCUCCACUCGUUACCUGUAUUAAUGGCACCUGUUUGAACUUGUUAUCAGUAUAAAAGACACCUGUCCACAACCUCAAACAGUCACACUCCAAACUCCACUAUGGCCAAGACCAAAGAGCUGUCAAAAGACACCAGAAACAAGAUUGUAGACCUGCACCAGGCUGGGAAGACUGAAUCUGCAAUAGGUAAGCAGCUUGGUUUGAAGAAAUUAACUGUGGGAGCAAUUAUUAGGAAAUGGAAGACAUACAAGACCACUGAUAAUCUCCCUCGAUCUGGGGCUCCACGCAAGAUCUCACCCUGUGGGGUCAAAAUGAUCACAAGACCGGUGAGCAAAAAUCCCAGAACCACACGGGGGGACCUAGUGAAUGACCUGCAGAGAGCUGGGACCAAAGUAACAAAGCCUACCAUCAGUAACACACUACGCCACCAGGGACUCAAAUCCUGCAGUGCCAGACGUGUCCCCCUGCUUAAGCCAGUACAUGUCCAGGCCCGUCUGAAGUUUGCUAGAGUGCAUUUGGAUGAUCCAGAAGAGGAUUGGGAGAAUGUCAUAUGGUCAGAUGAAACCAAAAUAGAACUUUUUGGUAAAAACUCAACUCGUCAUGUUUGGAGGACAAAGAAUGCUGAGUUGCAUCCAAAGAACACCAUACCUACUGUGAAGCAUGGGGGUGGAAACAUCAUGCUUUGGGGCUGUUUUUCUGCAAAGGGACCAGGACGACUGAUCCGUGUAAAGGAAAGAAUGAAUGGGGCCAUGUAUCGUGAGAUUUUGAGUGAAAACCUCCUUCCAUCAGCAAGGGCAUUGAAGAUGAAAUGUGGCUGGGUCUUUCAGCAUGACAAUGAUCCCAAACACACCGCCCGGGCAACGAAGGAGUGGCUUCGUAAGAUGCAUUUCAAGGUCCUGGAGUGGCCAGUCUCCAGAUCUCAACCCCAUAGAAAAUCUUUGGAGGGAGUUGAAAGUCCGUGUUGUCCAGCGACAGCCCCAAAACAUCACUGCUCUAGAGGAGAUCUGCAUGGAGGAAUGGGCCAAAAUACCAGCAACAGUGUGUGAAAACCUUGUGAAGACUUACAGGAAACAUUUGACCUGUGUCAUUGCCAACAAAGGGUAUAUAACAAAGUAUUGAGAAACUUUUGUUAUUGACCAAAUACUUAUUUUCCACCAUAAUUUGCAAAUAAAUUCAUAAAAAAUCCUACAAUGUGAUUUUCUGGAAAAAGAAUUCUCAUUUUGUCUGUUAUAGUUGACGUGUACCUAUGAUGAAAAUUACAGGCCUCUCUCAUCUUUUUAAGUGGGAGAACUUGCACAAUUGGUGGCUGACUAAAUACUUUUUCUCCCCACUGUAUAUACACACACACACACACCAAGUAUAAAAUCUCAUUAGCUCCGUCACCUCCCACUCUAGCCCGGCCUGUAGCAGAGAGUUUUACACAGUUAGUCGUUGCUAUGGAGAGGCUUUUGUUCCAUCUUUUUUGCCUUGACAAGGACUUUGUGGCAACUCCCGUUGUCAUGGUGAGGUGUUUUUAGCACCCCAGUUGCCAUGGUGAAGAGAUGGGCGCCGUUUGGACCAGGAAGUUGUUUUGACACAAAUGUUGCCAGGGCUUGCCCUCCAGCUGUAAUUGACAUUCAGUGUGUCACUUAUUGGACGACUGGAGACUAACAGUUAGCAUACCACUGUAGGCAAGCUAAUAUCAGACCUGCGUCCGAUGCCGUGAGCAGCCCAACAGUACACCAACCAUGGGUAACCGAUAGUUGGCAUGCUGCUGUCAGCAACCACCAGUGGCCCAGUGUUCAUCUGUGUAUACCAUCAUAUGAUAACACCCUGAUGAAAACCCAUGUAGAAGAGUCUGUAAACAGAUGUGUUUUCUGGGAGAAGGACAGUAUCUGACUCCUCUGGGACUCUUUCUCUUCUCCAGGCAACCCCCUGUUGAUCAAUUCAUCCCUGCAGCCGGACCUGACAGUGUCACGGACGUACACCAGCCCCAUCUGCUUCCAGGACUCCAUGGAUAAAGAGCUAAUUUCCCAGGAGCCUUCGCUCUUCGACCCACUGCCCGACCUCAAGGUCAAAGUUCACUCCUCCUUCAUGGUGUCCCUGGGCGUGUCAGAGAGGGGGGCCGAGUACCACGCCCAGAAAGCCCACCCCCAGACCUUCCCCCGGGGGCUGGCGCCCGACUACAGUGGGGUACGGGUGGAGGGGACCCUGAGAGGGAGGAGGGAGAAGAGCCUACUUGCCCCCCACGCACCGUCUAUGCCCUCCAGGCCCCCUCUCAGGAUGGCCGGGGUGUUCGGACAUGCGGGUGGGAGGCUGGUGGUCCCCAAUACAGGUUUGUGGUUC